AUGACAGAAUUGAAUGGAUGUGAACCAAAGAAGGUGAAGAUCCUGGGACCCUAUACAUUCUCUAUUGGGGAUACAUCGUCCUACGGGGAUUACGUCAGAGGAGGCGUGGCCAAGCAGGUCAAGAUGCCGCAGAAAGUCUCUUUCAAAAAGUUCUCAGAUUCGCUGGCCGACCCAGAGUUCGUGAUAACGGACUUUGCAAAGUUCGACCAUCCCGAGCACCUCCACCUGUACUGGCAAGCCAUGGACAAGUACUACUCGGACAAAAGCUCUCUUCCUUCCUUGCAUUUAGACCUCAUCCCCUACGUGAUGGACAUCAAGUUUCCAAAGUCUGGAGAAAAAAAGAAAAUGACAUUCAUAUCUCGACUUUUCAAGAGUUUUGCACUUUCCAACACCGGCGAUAUCUGUGCCAUGCAGUCCGUCAUCGGAUCCAUAGCUGCACAAGAGGUCAUGAAGGCAUGCUCGGGUAAGUUUAACCCCAUCAAGCAGUGGCUGUAUUUCGACGCCAUGGAGACGUACCCUGAAGACACUGAGGACUCAUUUGAAGAAUUGGCGCCACUGGUUAAAGAUGCAGCAGUGGUUGAAGAAGGCAGUAGGUACGCGGGUCAGGUGGCCGUGUUGGGCAAGAAGAUGCAAGAGCGACUGGCCAACCUCAAGAUAUUCAUGGUUGGAGCAGGUGCAAUAGGCUGCGAACUGCUCAAGAACUUUGCCAUGAUGGGCGUGGCUUGUGGUGAAGGGGGUGUGGUCUACGUCACUGACAUGGACAUCAUUGAGAAGAGUAACUUGAAUCGUCAGUUCCUUUUCAGACCUUGGGACAUUCAGAAACACAAGAGCGAGGUUGCCAUAGCGGCGGCGAAGGCGAUGAACCCAGCGUUCAACGGAGUGGGUCACCAGAACAGAGUGGGGCCCGACACGGAGAGCACCUAUGACGACUCCUUCAUGGAGCAGCUGGACAUUGUCGUCAACGCUCUCGACAACGUGGAUGCACGCCUAUACAUGGACAGAAGAUGCGUUUACUACAAAAAACCGCUACUGGAGAGUGGCACUCUCGGAACCAAGGGCAACGUCCAAGUUGUCUUACCCGACAUCACCGAAAGCUACGGCUCCUCCCAAGACCCACCUGAGAAGGAGAUCCCGAUAUGCACGUUGAAGAAUUUUCCGAACGCGAUUGAGCACACUCUCCAGUGGGCGAGAAAUGAAUUUGAGGGGCUUUUCGUUCAACCUGGUGUCUACGUUGCGCAAUAUCUCAGUGACCCGAAAGUUCAUCCAGCAUACAAAAAGCUGCCUGGAAUUCAGCCAGCUGAGAUCCUGGGAGCUCUGAAGAAGGUGCUAGUCGACGUACGGCCGUCAACAUUCGACGACUGCAUCGUUUGGGCACGUAAAAUCUUCGAGGAGUAUUUCCACGACACAAUCGCUCAACUCCUCUUCAACUUUCCUCCAGAACACAUGACAAGUUCAGGUCAGCCGUUCUGGUCUGGACCCAAGAGAUGUCCAAAAGUUGCCAAUUUCGACUCAAAGGACACCCUACAUAUGGACUUUGUAGUCUCUGCUUCUCUUCUGUUUGCAGAGACUUACAGCAUUAAGACUGUAGACGACCGAGGUUACAUCACGGGAAAGGCGGCGGCUGUCGAGGUGGCCCCGUUCCGUCCCAGGACAGGAGUCGUGAUUCAUACCAACGACUCAGAGGCUCUGGCUUCUAAUGCAGCCGAAGCUGAUCGAGAAGGACUCGAGACAAUCGUAGCCGCCAUUCCGUCUGUCGCCGAGCUGAAGGGUGCAAAGGUCGUUCCCUUGGAUUUCGAGAAGGACGACGACACGAACCAUCACAUGGACUUCAUCGUGGCGUGCUCUAAUUUGAGAGCCUUCAACUACAGCAUACCACCUGCUGACAGACAUAAGAGCAAGGGAUAGCGGGGAAGAUAAUACCAGCCAUCGCCACGACGACGUCCCUGGUCGUCGGGCUGGUGUGUCUGGAGCUCCUCAAGGUUGCCGGGGGACACAAGAAGUUGGAGUCGUACAAAAACGGUUUCAUCAAUCUCGCUCUCCCUUUCUUUGGAUUCUCCGAGCCAAUUGCUGCUCCCAAAAAUAAGUACUACGAUACGGAGUGGACGUUGUGGAGCAGGUUCGAGGUACAGGGAGUCAAGGAGAAUGGAGACGAAAUGACUCUCAGGGAAUUCCUGGAAUACUUCCAGACUCAUCAUAAUCUUGAGAUCACGAUGCUGUCGCACAACGUGGCACUUCUCUACUCUUUCUUCAUGAACCAGACAAAGGUCAAGGAGAGAAUGGAAAUGCCGCUGUCAAAGGUUGCAGAAUCCACCAUGAAGACAAAGUUGGGGACCCACGUACGAAACCUCGUUCUGGACAUCUGUUGCAACGACACUGACGGCGAAGAUCUCGAUGUUCCCUACAUCAAAUACAACUUCCGAUGACAAUAACUGAGAAAAGCCGACUAGCACUUGAAUUUGCAUAGCCACAUGCAUUUAUAUAUUAGGCUUAAUAUUGCUUAAUUGUUUUGAGGUGUGUUAUCAUGCUAUUAUUAGGUGUUUGGUGAUUUUAAAUUGUGGCGUGCUUGCGUAUAG